GCGCCACGUGAGGCCGCGGGCGCGAGGCGAGGGCGGGCAGGGCCCAGGUCUCGGUCACCGCUCCUCGCUUCUGCGCCGGGGCUUCGGGACGCACCCCCGGGGCCCUUGGGCGGCGGCCCGAGCCCCCCUCGGCAGGACGCCCAUGGGUUCUCCCCCAGCGCCCCCGCAGCUGGUGUACCGCAGCACCCGCCUGCUGCGCACGGCCUUCCAGCACCUCCACCAGCAGCAGCAGCGAGCCGACGUCUUCUGCGAUGUGGUCCUGUGGGCUGAAGGUGAGGCAGUGGUGGCCCAUUGCAGUGUUCUCUCCGUCUGCAGCCCCUUCUUCAUGGAGCAGCUGGGCCGGGAGCUGCCCCCCCAGGGUUGCAGGGUGGUGCUGGAGCUGGCGGGGCUGAAGAUUGGGGUGCUGCGCAAGCUGGUGCGCUUCUUCUACACUGCUGAGCUGGAGGUCACGCAGGAGGAGGUGCACGAAGUGCUGGCAGCCGCCCGCCGCCUCCGUGUCACCGAGCUCGAGUCGCUGCAGCUCUGGGGAGGACGCCUGGUGAGGCUGGGACCCCAGCGGCAGCUGGACCGCUCCUGCCUGCACUCCACCCAGGAAGUCUCCACCUUGGCGACACCUGUCACAGCUGAGCCUGGUGGUGCCAGCUUUGGAGUGUCCCCCCAGAGGCAGCCACGCUCUCUGGGGCACGCACACCCCAGCCCUAUCGGGAGGAUGAGGCUGCGGAAGGUGGAGAGCUGGGGGCGCUGGGAGGUGGUGCGGGAGGUGCAGCCCUCCCCCGUGCCUCGGGCAGUGGUGGUGGGUGAUGUGGGGGUGACAGAAGCACAGCCUCCCCAGGAUGUGGGUGCACGGGAGCAGGUGAGCGAGUGCUCCCCACCCUGCCAGCCCACCAGUGCAAAUGGGAUGCAGCAGCAUGGGGACUCCCCGGUGUCCCAACGGGGCUGCCAGCAAGCAGUACCCCCAGAGACCCCUGGAAGUGACACCGAAGAGGAGGAGGUGGAUGUGGGGACAGGGGAGCUGUUCCUGCCCCCUGGCACAGUCUGCCUCUGGCCCUGUCCCUCGUCCGAGUCAGAAGAGGAGGUGGAUGUCCUCACCUAAGCGGGGC